AUGGAGUCUCAAAGACCUCAAAGUAUAUCGGCGAUCGCUAACCCGUCUUUCUUUGUCACGGAACCAACAGAAAAACAAUUGAACAGAGGUUACACCCUGCCAACCUCCCCCUCACCCAAACGUGGUUACAAGAAACCUUCUAAGCCUCGGGAGUUUGCAAAGAGUGCUAAGAAACGUCAAUCCGUAUUGGCCCUAGGUAGCAUUACGCAUUUGCAGCAUUUCUACGCAAAAAGAGAUAUUGAGACCGAUCCAGACGUCUUGCUAUCCAAUUGUCAUGCUGACAUACAAGGAAUGCUUGAAGCAUGGUGUAUGGUUACCGGUGAAGUGAAGGCCGAGGAGAAUAAUGUACCGGUUGACAUCUUGACAGCCAUCUCAACCACCACAAAAACGAUACAAUCAGUAAAGAACUAUUCAAUGUAUAAGGAAGACCUAUCGGACGAUACGCUUACCAAGAUUAGGUCUGCUACGUUGGAGGUACUCGAGAUGAUCAGUGAGUUGGAGAAAGAACAUCGAGAUGAUGAUACGGACGAUAGCAGCAGCGAAGAUGGUCACAUUUACAAGGAAUCAAAUUACCAUUCGUUAGAUAAACAACGAGAAAUUUUGCGAAAGUAUCUUCAAAUUGUCGGAGAGUGCCUGUUAUUCGAUGACAAGGAAAUUUACCAAAAUUCUUCGUAUCUGAGAACGUUAACGGAAGAGAAUAAGCCCGAUAAAAGCGUGGCCUCAAUAACACCACCUCUUUCACCAGGUCAUCCGAACCGAGAUUGGGUGGAUCCAGAAAUCUUUGGAGACAACGUUAUAUCUCGAUAUCACGCAUUUUUGGAAGCCCACCGUCCAUCAAAGUCCAAACAGGAACCAGAUUAUGUGCCACUUCCCGACCCUAGUGUUGAUAAGACAGCUUUUUUGGCAGCUUUAGCGUAUGCAUUCUUAGUGCUUAUCUUGGUGUUACAUAGCGUUCUUUCUCAGCUUGAUGGUAAAUUACUUUGCACCAUAUAUAAUACAGUGGUGAGACGUUCAAAACGACCAUUCGGUUUCAUUGAUAAAAUUCAUGAAGACACAUCGAGGACUUAUCGCGCAACCGAAAAUUUGAAAUUCUUUGCUGCUGCCGUGAAAUUCCGAUUCGACGUUAAAUUUGACGAGUUCAAUGUAUCGGAAAUUGUCAAAUUGACCGAUACGGGCAAAUCUCAUCUGGAGAAGACGCUCGGAAUAUUUUGUGAGAAAGCCAUUCACGAACUCGUAUCAACUGGAUCAUACAAGCAGUAUCCCUUGUCACGAGCAUCAUCAAUAUAUCUACAAGAAACAUUUUCGAACUCGCAGAUACAACUUCAGUCGGGCAACUUAAAUAACAAAGAUGACCUGGCUGCAGCAGUCAAGGAAAAACUGUUUAUCCAAAAAAGUGGUGAUAAGGACAUCUCGUAG